GAAUACGGCUGCGAUUCCGUAGACGCAAGCCAUUGUUGUAGUAGUAGCCGCGACAUGUAGCAUCGGCUACCUUUUUGAAUGAGAAGCACGGUAGACUUAAAACAAGAACUCCUAUGCGUCUGACAACAGGCCGUCUUACCGUGACAACAGUGCUGUUUAUUCAUUCAUGAGCUGCACGGUUGUCCCAGAGACCCCGGAGUCCAAACGGCCCAGUGGGCCACCAUUGGAGAGAGGGUCCAGUUGUAUUGUGCUGGAAUCAGAUUCUGGGUCUGACACGGAGCUGUCUGGGAAAUCCAUGAUCAAAGACAAAGAGAAGCAGCCUGACAAGAAUGUGAUUGUUCUGUCAGAUCAGUCAGAAGAGACUGAAGACAGUUCAGAUGAGGUGAGCCACACAUCGCCUCAGGUCUCCCUGGAGAGGUCAGGAGACUCGGAGCCAGCCUCUAAGAGGAGUCGGGCAGAGGAAACAGAUGGGUCACGGGUGUCCCAACAUAGUCCUGAUUCCCACCCCAAGAAGAAGCGGAAGGCUUCCGAGACGGACGACUCGGAGGAGGAGGGCCCAGAGCCCAGCUGGCGAGAGCAGGAGGACAUGGUGAAGAAGCUGCAGAGACACUUCCCUCACCUGGCCAAGGAGGAACUGAGGGAUGUGCUGCAGGAACAUGACUGGCUGUAUGAGGACACACUGGAGGCUCUGCGGAUGUUCUCUGAAGAAGCUGACGCGUCAGCCGAAAGCGAUCCUCCCAAACGGCCUUCGUCUCCUUCUCCUAAACCUUCGAGACGCGACGAGUCCCCGCCCACGCUCCGCACACGCUCCGUGAGACAGGCGUCUCAACCCACUAAAGCCACGCCAAAACCUGCACCAGAACCGCCCAGUACAAAAAGACCCCACAGAACAACACAGCUCCCGCAGAAUGUUACCAGAGCAUCGCGGAAGCAAAAGAGGAGGCAGGCGGCGAGCCGUGAUUCGGAAAGCGAAGACGGAGCCGCCAGUGACUUUGACGAGCCCUCCUCAGACCAGGAGGAUUCUGAGGGAGAGGGCAAAGGUCGCUUGACCCCACAGAAGAGACAGAUCCUUAGAUUUUUCCAGGAGUCGUCCCUGGAGGAGCUGUCACUCAUCGAAGGCUGCUCGGCCAAGAAGGCCCAGAAGAUCGUGGAGCUCAGGCCCUUCAGGAGGUGGCGAGACCUGGAUAAGGCUCUGAGCGGCGGUAACGGGCUGUCUGUGGAGCUGCUGGCAGGCUGCCGGGAGGUGUUGCGUGAGCGGGAGGUGGUGCAGGGGCUCAUGGGUCGCUGCGAGGAGAUUGCCCAGAAGAUGAGCCGCGACGUCACCCAGGUGCUGGAGAGUGGCACCGGAUCCAUGGAGCAGCCACGCAUCCUCAACGACGCGUUCAAACUGAAGCCGUACCAGCUGGUGGGACUGCGCUGGCUCACCCUGCUCUUCCAGAACAACCUCAGCGGCAUCCUGGCAGAUGAGAUGGGUUUGGGAAAGACCAUCCAGGCCAUCUCCUUCUUGGCCAGCCUGUAUCAGGAUGGAAACCGUGGGCCCCACCUCAUCGUAGUGCCCGCGUCCACGCUGGAUAACUGGGUCCGUGAGCUGAAUCUGUGGUGCCCCAGUCUUGAGGUGCUCGUUUAUCACGGCACAGCGGAGGACCGUCGCUUCAAACGAUACGAGGUCCUCAACAACAUGGUAGACUACAACAUCAUCGUCACCACGUACAACCUGGCGAUAGGGAACUCGAGCGACCGCAGCCUGUUCCGCAAGUUGAAGCUGGAGUAUGCUGUGUUUGAUGAAGGCCACAUGCUGAAGAACAUGAACUCACUACGCUACCGCCACCUCAUGGCUAUCAACGCGGCUCAUCGGUUGCUGCUGACAGGCACCCCCCUGCAGAAUAACCUUCUGGAGCUCAUGUCUCUGCUCAACUUCAUCAUGCCCUCCAUGUUCUCCAGCAGCACCGCCCAGAUCGCCCGCUUGUUCUCCAUGAGCUCGUCUGAAGAGCAGAGCGGCUUUGAGAGGGAGAGGAUCACCCACGCCAAACUCAUCAUGAAACCUUUCAUCCUCAGACGCAUCAAGAGUGAGGUCCUGAAGCAGCUGCCGGCAAAAGAGGAGUUGGUGGAGUUCUGCCCCAUGAGCACCAAGCAGCAGCAGCUCUACGGCGCCCUCCUCAGCAAGCUGAAGGGUGCCACCAAUGGAGAGAAGCGUGCGCUGACCAAUGCAAUGAUGCAGCUGCGGAAGAUGGCCAACCACCCGCUGCUGCACCGGCAGUACUACACCUCCGAGCGCCUGACCCUUAUGAGCAAACUCAUGCUGAACGAGCUGACCCACCGGGACUCGGACCCGGCCCUGGUGAAGGAGGACAUGGAGGUGAUGUCAGACUUUGAGCUGCACCGGCUCUGCCUGCAGUUCGCCUCGCUGAGGGAGUUCAGGCUCGGCUCGGACCUGCUGCUGGACUCGGGGAAGCUGCAGUUUCUCACGAAGCUGCUGGGGUCCCUCAAAGAGGAGGGCAGCCGAGUAGUGCUCUUCAGCCAGUUCACCAUGAUGCUAGACAUUCUCGAGGUCUUCCUCAAGCACCACAGCCACCGCUACAUCCGAUUGGAUGGCUCCACGCCCAUGGCUGACAGGAUUGGCCUGAUCGACAAGUUCAACACGGAUCAGGACAUCUUUGUGUUCCUGCUUUCCACCAAGGCAGGGGGGCUGGGCAUUAACCUCACCUCUGCCAAUGUGGUCAUCUUGCACGACAUCGACUGCAACCCAUACAACGACAAACAGGCAGAGGAUCGUUGCCAUCGCCUGGGUCAGACCAGGACGGUGAAGGUGAUUAGACUGAUCAGCAAAGACUCAAUAGAGGACGGCAUGUUGCGAAUCGGACAGAAGAAGCUCAAACUGGAGCAGGACAUGACCGCCUGCGAACAGGGUGAUGAAGAGAACAUGUCUGAGGAUAUGGCGUCUCUCCUCAAGGCUUCAUUAGGACUCUGACCAGAGAAGUUUAGGUGCUCCAAUUUAUGUGUGUGUGUGUGUGUUGGCCACGUUGAGGCUGCCAUUUGCAGUCACAGGAGGACUACUGCCAAACUGUUUUAUUUUAUCUUUUUAAUUUUUUUUAAUUAAAAAGUAUAGAUUUCAGACAGUUAUUCAUCCACAUGAGUUUUUUUUUUUUUACAUAGAAGAAACCCCCACCCACCCUCCCCCACCCUGACUGGACAUAGAGAAAUCACCAUAACAGAAAACAACCACAUGGACAAUUUAGGUGUCUUUGAUACACCUGUUUAGAGUUAAAACACAAAUAAAUAGACAGACUUUCUAUGAGAAACUGCAUGACUUAAGAGCUCAAACAUGUCACACUCGGCAAAUCACUAUAACCAAGCUAAGUGGGCUGAACAGUAUAGUGUGGACCCAAGCCUACGGACCACGUAGUUGGGGAGUCCCUGAAGACCACUAAAGUAUGACAAUAGAGGUCUCCAGACUGCCUGGAAUUUGUCAGAGCCUCUAAUUGCAAAUUUGAUCUUCUCCAAAUGUAAAAAUAACAUUACAUCUUUCAGCCAUUGCGCUGCACUGGGUGGGAUGUCUGAUUUCCAAUGGAGUAAGAUCUACCUUCGUGCAAGCAAAGAUACAAAAGCUAUGAUGUUGAGCUGAUCUUUGGUCAUUUGGUACACCAAAUAUAGCAAUCAACGCACAACGUGGUACAGUUGUUCCAAGAAUUUCAGACAACACAUCAAAAUCAAAAAUCACAAUUGCCAUCCACAUCUGGAUAGAAGGAAGAUAUCUUAGCUCUGCUCCAGUGAAGGCGAUGUAAAACCUUAAAUUGGAUUAGACCUAGUCUUGCACAGGAGGUGCUUUUGUUCACUCUGUUCUGAUCUUCAGUCCAAAUGUCCUCUGGGAUUACAGUCUCAAGUUCCUUCUCCCAACUAGUUUUGAUCUUGUCCAGCUUGACACUAUCCAUUGACAAAAUCAGUGAAUAAGAAUGCGCUGUAAAACCCUUCAACCAAAAAGGAAUUGCCAAAAGUGAAUCUGAAAGGGACCUUUCAGGGAGGAAACUGUGGACUAUGGCACUUAGCAAACUGAUGGGCCUGAAAGUAGCGAAACAGGUCAGUGUGAUGGAGGUCAUAUUUAGAACGCAAAUCAUUGAAACUAGAAAAGAUUCUAUCCACAUAAAGAUCACUGAACUUUGUAAUCCCUUUUCUCUGCCACACAACAAAGGUUUUAUCUAGUUUGGCUGGUAUAAAGUUGUGAUUUGUUACACAGUGGGGUCUGAAUCAAGAGAGUGUCCUUUAAAUUUGUGUGCCUCCUCAAUUGAGACCAUAUUUUGAAAGUGGAAAUGACCACUGGAUUGGAUGUAAAUUGUGAGAUCUUAAUGGGAAGAUUAGAUGAAGCCAGAGCUUGUAGGGAGGAUGAUAUGCAUGCCCUCCAGCUCACACCAGUCUGUAACUGGGGAUUCCUGUGUGUUAUUUUGUGGACAUUGGCUGCCCAAUAAAAACCUCUAAAGUUUGGCAGUGCCAACCCCCCUCCUGCUCUUGGACGUUGGAGGAACUCUUUACAAAUUAUGGGGUUCUUACCGCUCCAUAUGAAUCCUGAAAUCAGUUUAUCAAUUUGGCAGAAAAAUUAUUUCGAUAAAUAAAUAGGAACACAUUGAAAUAGAAAUCUUGGCAGGAUAUUCAUUUGAACACAAUUCACUCUGCCUGCCAAGGUCAGAUGUAAAAUAUCCCAUUUCUGUAAAUCCGAUUCAAGCUUAGCAAUGAGUGGGGCAAAGUUUCCAUCAAAGAGGUUUUUAAAUGAAGAAGUUAUGUUAAUGCCCAAAUAUUUAAAACCUGAUCUUGAGAUAUGAAAUGGCAGGGCCUGGUCUGGGAUUUGCAUUGCUAAUUUAUUUACUGGUAAACAUUCACUUUUUGAUAAGUUGAGUCUUUAGCCUGAAACCUUUCCAAAAGAAUGUAGUACUGAAAUGAUUUUGUUGAUACACUACAGUGGAUCUGAUAUGUAAAGCAACAUAUCAUCUGCAUACAAGGAUAGCUUAACUUCCAAUCCCCACCUUCUAAUACCCUGUAUUGAGGGUGUUGACUUCAAGAAAAGGGAGAGUGGCUCUAUUGCUAAAGUGAAUAAUAGGGGACUCAAUGGGCAACCCUGUCUGGUACCUCUAGACAGAGGAAAACUUUGGGAGCGCAUUUGGUUAGUGAUUACUGCAGCUUGAGGGGAAGAAUACAGAAGUUGGAUCCACCGGAUAAAAGUUUCACCAAAGCCAAAUUUUUUCAAAACAAAAAAAAAGAAAAUCCCAUUCUACCCGGUCAAAAGCUUUCUCUGCAUCCAAUGAAACCACAACUUCUGGAGCAACAUUAGACGAGGGACCAUACAACACACUCAAAGGGCGCCUUAUAUUAGAAAAUAAAUGCCGUCCCUUAACAAAACCUGUUUGGUCAGUUGAUAUUAAACCUGGUAAGGGAGUCUCCAAUCUUGUAGCCAGUAAUUUUGAGAGUACUUUAAUAUCAGUGUUUAAAAGUGACACUGGUCGGUAUGAGCCACAUUUGGAUGCAUCCCCACCCGGCUUCAGCAAAAGUGUUAUGGAUGCUUCAUUAAGGGAAUCAGGCAAUCUUCCCUGUGACCAUGAGUGAUUAAACAUAUCCAUCAGCAGAGGAGCUCAUUGAUCAGAGAACUUUUUAUAAAAGUCGAUGGGGAAGCCAUCCGGGGCCGGAGCCUUUCCGCUCUGCAUGGCAGAGAUGGUAUACCGAACAUUUCCAAGCUCCAGUGGCUCAUUUAGAUGUUGUCUUUGGUCAGAAGACAGGGUAGGGACUUCUAAGUUUUUAAAAAAGUUUCGAAAUAGUGAUGUAUCCUAAAGCAGCACAAUGGACGAAAAGCGUUUGUCUUUUACUGUUCUGCCCCCGCUUCUGUGUGUGUGGCUAGGUCCCUCUAGCCUGCUACAUUAGCUCAGCAGAUAGCUAACAGUUUCCCCAAGUCAAAGGCUGAAGCUUUAAGUUCUUUUCAAACUUUACUCAGGAAGCACAAGCAGUGUUCAUGUCAAGUCCACAAAAUUCACAUUCAAAAAGAACCCCUGUCCAGUCUACCCAGUUAUCCCCAACAUACGCAAACCCUCCUAUCUCUGCUAAACUAGCAGCAUGCAGGAAUCCCCCCCUAUCUAGAUGCUUCCAACAACACACUUUCACUCUCUAUCGUCUUGCUCGUCAGAGCUCCUGAAUGUUGGAAAAAAAACUCCUACGUUUCCAAACGGCUUAAUUUACAAUUUUUGUGCUCAUGAAAACUUAACAUACCACAGUCCACUGGAACAUGCCUUACUGAAACCAUAAAUCCAGUCCGUAUGAUCAGUCUCACAGUCUUGAUACCUGUGGAAGGCGACAAUGAUGGGUCUAGGUGGCUGGCCACUUUUAGGCUUCGGUGUCAGAAUCCUAUGCGCACGGUCCAGUUCAGGCAGUGUAUUAAAUUGGCUCCCCAUGACGUCCUUCAGAAGUGUGGAGACGUGUGUCACCAUGUCUUUGGUAUCGCUAGCCUCUGGCACAUUUAUAAUGCGAAGAUUCGCCCUCCUUGAUCGGUUCUCAAAAUCCUCCAUUCGGUCAACCAACGUAGCAUUCAUAGCUUGUAGGUCAGUGAUGGCUUUCUCAGCUUUAGCCAGGGCUUCAAAGUUGUCGCCUGUGGUUAUCUCCACCGAAGUUACUCGUUUUCCCAGUGUAUCCAUAGUUUUGUGAAAAGUCACUAUAGAUGCCUGGAUAGGUGCCAGAGACGAUUCAAUCAAUUUGAAAUAUUCGCGUUUUUACCAUUUCUUUAGCCAACAUCAUGGCAAGGUCAUCAGUGGUAGCAGCAGUCGCCAUGCUAGCUACCUUGCUACUUAGUGUAGACUUUUUAGUUUCUAAAUCUUUGUUCUUCUGAUUAGACUGCAUGUUCCAGUAGCAAAAAAAAAAGAUGGCAAAUGAAAAAUGUAUGUUCUAAAAACCGUUAACUUGACGCACAAUUGAAUCAGAGGAGUUUUAAGGUAAAUGUGAUCAGAUUAUCAGGAGACUCUUGUUCGCACGUCUUCCUCCUACAUGUUCCAAACCAGAAGCCCAAACUGUUUUAUUGAGGUGCUGAAGUUAGCAAAUCAUUAGUGUGGAUGCCAGACAGGAGAGAUAUUAACAGCUUGUUGUGUGUGUGUGACGGAGAGAGAGAGACUGCAUUCCAGCACAGAGAGUUACAUUAAUGAUUCAAAGUAAUUUAAAAUAUUAUCAAAGCUUUAUGAAAGGAAAAAUACUAUACUGUGCAUUACUUUGCCAUAACGCCAUUGCUAUGAGGCACUCAUAGGUCAAUACUAAGAGCUGGUGGCUUAAGUGUGGUGCCAAUAUGCACAUUAGAAUACAGAACUAUAUAUAAUUUGGAAUUCCGUUAACUUUGUCCAUGUGUCUUUCAAGAGUAAACUUUGUGUGUCAAAUGUUUUCUUUAAAAAAUACUGAAAUCCAUUUUUAUGUAAAAAAAAUUUAGGCAUACCACAUUUAGGUAGAUGCACAUUCAAUUGGUUUGGAGGAAUUCUCAAAAUCCAGUGUUAGUAACAUUCCAGAAAUAGCUGCUUUUCAGUGCUAACGUAAGAUACAAGUGUUUUUGUUUGUUUGAUUGAUUGUUUUUUUUUUAACUGGACUCCUGCUGCACUGAGGAAGAAAAUUAAGAAGUGUGCCAAGUUUACCUUGUAAUAAACCUAUUGAAUGUACUGUUCUGUAUGUGACUGUUGUUUGCCAAGUGUUUUUAAAACUAGGUUUUAAUAAAUGUUUUUAACCAA